AUGGCCGUCUUCCCCUCUCGCAAGUUCCGCUCGUCCAACGACUCAUCCUUCGCCGCCCGCUACCGCGUCCUCCUCGCCCGACAUCCCUUCGCGCUCUUCGGCCUGCCCUUCAUCACCACCAUGCUGCUCGGCUCCUUCUUCCUCACGCCCGCCACCGCCCUGCGCUACGAACGCCAUGACCGCAAGGUGCGACAGCUGACAAAGGACGAGGAGUUGGGCAUUGGCAAGGACAAGAGGCGGAUUGAUCUGGCAGAGGAAUAUUAUAAACUCGCAGCGAAGGACCUGGAUAAUUGGGAGCAGAAGCGCGUCAAGCGGCUGCCUGGCGAGCACGAUGGAGUCUUUUGA